UAGCACUUGACAGAACGUAAACUGAAAGAAAGUAAUAUUCAUGAGCUGAUUGGUGUUGUGAUGUUUGUGUCAGUUUGAGUGAGUUCUGCUGUACUUCAGUGCGUGACAGGAGUCGGUUCAGAUGACUCGGUUCUUCCGGGUCCGACUCAGAAUGAGGAACCUCUGUGCGCUGUGUUUUCUGCUCGUUUCUGUCGCCGCCAAACCUCCGAAUAUCGUGCUGAUUCUGGCGGAUGAUUUUGGCUGGAAUGAUGUGGGCUAUCACGGCUCUGAGAUCCGGACUCCUCAUCUGGACCGGCUGUCCGAGCUCGGGGUUCGGCUGGAGAACUACUACGUCCAGCCGCUGUGCUCUCCGUCCCGGAGCCAGCUGAUGACCGGCCGCUACCAGAUUCACAUGGGUCUGCAGCACCAGAUCAUCUGGCCGUGUCAGCCGUACUGUGUUCCUCUGAACGAGACGCUGCUGCCGGAGCUGCUGCUGGACGCUGGCUAUCACACACACAUGGUGGGCAAGUGGCACCUGGGCAUGUUUAGAAAAGACUGUCUGCCCACACACAGAGGAUUCCAAAGCUACUUCGGUUACCUGACGGGUUCAGAGGAUUACUUCACUCAUCACAGAUGUAGUUUUAUCGCUCCUCUGAACGUGACGCGCUGCGCUCUGGACCUGCGUGACGGCGAGGAUGUGGCUGAUAACUACACCGGACAAUACUCCACUGAACUCUUCACGCAGAGAGCCACGGACAUCAUCACACGACACACACCUGAGAAACCGUUGUUUCUGUACGUGGCGCUGCAGGCGGUUCACGGCCCCAUACAGGUCCCCGAGCGCUACGUCGCCCCCUACAGCUUCAUCAAGGACGAUCACCGGCGGACGUACGCGGGGAUGGUGUCGGCCAUGGACGAGGCGGUGGGGAACAUCAGCCAAGCGCUGCAGGACUCAGGGCUCUGGAACAACACCGUCCUCAUUUUCUCAACAGAUAACGGCGGUCAGACGCUGACAGGAGGAAACAACUGGCCUCUGCGUGGCAGGAAGUGGACGCUCUGGGAGGGCGGAGUCAGGGGCGUGGCCUUCGUGAGCGGGCCGCUGAUAGAGCAGCCCGGAGCCGUCAGUCGAGAGCUCAUCCACGUCUCUGAUUGGCUGCCUACGAUUGUGGGCCUGGCCGGGGCGUCGACCAACGGCACCAAACCUCUGGACGGGUUCGACGUGUGGGACGCCAUCAGUCGUGGUAAGGCGUCUCCUCGAGUCGAGCUCCUGCACAACAUCGACCCACUGUAUGUGGACACUUCUGAAUGUCCUGGAGAGGUGUCGGGAGAGUUUCUGGAGGAGUCUUUACGCUCGUCUCGGCCCGCUGCUCUCGAGUCUCGCUCAGAGUUUAACAUCUCGGUUCACGCCGCCAUCCGCUACAAGAACUGGAAGCUUCUCACGGGUUAUCCAGGUUGUCCUCUGUGGUUUGCGCCCCCUGGUGGCCGUCCGCUGCAGGCCUCGGAGCCGCUGAAGCAGGUGAUGCUGUUUGACGUUGAGAAGGAUCCCGAGGAGCGUGUGGAGGUGUCUCAUCAGCGGCCGGAGGUGGUGUCCUUCCUGCUCAGACGCCUGCAGCAGUACCAGAAGCAGGCCGUUCCCAUCAUCUUCCCCCCCGAUGACCCCCGCUGUGACCCCAAAACCACCGGAGCCUGGGGACCCUGCAGUGACGAGGAGGAGGAGGAGGAAGACUAGUGAUGCAGACACAACUGAGCUGUUACUAAAGAGAAGCGUCUGAGACAUUUAUGAACAAUCAUGAAGUUUAUGAAUAUUUUUAUCUUCUACUUGAGUGUGUGUGUGUGAGUGUGUGUGUGUGUGUGUGUGUGUGAGAGAGUGUGAGUGUGAGUGUGAGUGUGAGUGUGUGUGAGUGUGUGUGUGUGUGUGUGU